AUGGAGACCCGACAGCGGAGGCCGGAGGAGCUGGGGCUGCUGCAGGCCCUCGGGGCAGGGAGCGGCCUCGAGAGCCCAAGGGCGGUCCCCACGCCCCCAGGGCCCGAGCUCAGCAGGGAGACUGCCUGGUCCAUUGGCAUCCAGGUGACCCUGCCCUUCCUGUUUGCAGGCCUGGGGCUGUCUGGAGCAGGCAUCCUUCUGCACUAUUUCCAGCACUGGCCCGUGUUCACGGAGAUGAAGGACCUGCUCACCUUGGUGCCGCCCCUGGUGGGCCUGAAGGGCAACCUGGAGAUGACGCUGGCCUCGAGGCUGUCCACCGCGGCCAAUACCGGGCAGAUCGAUGACCCCCGGGAGCAGUACAGAGUGGUCAGCAGUAACCUCGCCCUCGUCCAGGUGCAGGCUGCCGUGGUGGGGCUCCUGGCGGCUGUGGCAGCCCUGCUGCUGGGCCUGGCCUCAGGCCAGGGGCUGGACGUGGUGGAGGCCCAGGUGCUGUGCGCCAGCAGCAUCCUCACCGCCUCCCUGGCGGCCUGCGCCCUGGGGACGCUGAUGGUCUGCAUCGUGGUUGGCGCGCGGAAGCUGGGGGUCAACCCGGACAACAUCGCCACGCCCAUCGCGGCCAGCCUGGGCGACCUCAUCACGCUCUCCCUGCUGGCUGUGGUCAGCAGCUUCUUCUACAGACACAGAGACAGCCAGUACCUGAUGCCGCUGGUCUGCGUCGGCUUCGCGGCGCUCACCCCCGCCUGCGUCCUCAUCGCCAAGCAGAACCCCCCCGUUGUGAGGAUUCUCAAGUUCGGCUGGUUCCCUAUCAUCCUGGCGAUGCUCGUCAGCAGCCUCGGAGGGCUUAUCUUGAACAAGACCCUGUACUGGCCGCAGUUCAGAGGCAUGGCCAUCUUUGCUCCCAUCAUGUGUGGCGUUGGUGGCAACCUGGUGGCCAUUCAGACCAGCCGGAUCUCCACGUACCUACACCUGUGGAGCACGCCCGGGGUCCUGCCCCUCUGGAUGAAAAAAUGCUGGCCCAACCCGUGCUCCACAUUCUGCAGCUCAGAACUCAGCGCCACGUCGGCCCGCGUCCUGCUGCUGCUUGUGGUGCCCGGCCACUUGGCCUUCUUCUCCGUCGUCUCCCUGCUAGAAAGCCAGUCGGUCCCGAGCGACGGGACCUUCGUGCUCCUGUACCUGCUGGCGGGUCUUGUCCAGGUGGUGGUCCUGCUGCACCUGGCGGACGUGGCGGUCCGGCUGGCGUGGCGGCAGGCCCUGGACCCAGACGACCACUGCAUCCCAUGCCUCACAGGGCUGGGCGACCUGCUGGGCACGGGCCUGCUGGCGCUCUGCUUCCUCGCCCACGGGCCGCUGUGGGCUGGGGCGCGGCUGGGCGGCCCCCUGGACCCGGCGCCUGGACCCCCCUAG